AUGUCUGACACGAUACAAUCUGCCACGAACAUUGCAGAGACGGCGGAUCGUAAUGCUCUUAUGGAAGAAGCCAUUGAAAUUGCCUCACAGUGGGCGCAGGAAAAGAUUGAGAACUUUCUCAGCGAGAUUGAGUAUGACAUCGAAAGAAAUGGCAACGAUCACAAAUUGCUCAAGAUAAGCCACAUCAUCAGUCGGCGCACUUCCAUUGACGUCUUCACAGGCGAGAGCUCAGACAUUGGCAAAUUUGCUAAAGACCUUAUUGCGAAGCUUGAUGACGGCAAGGUCAUGGAGGGUCUUGGGAAUUUGGCCGGCUCGCUGCUGAACAAGCUCUUUGGAUCUGCAUCUGGUUCAGCCCAGACGGAAAAGAUUUAUGAAGUUGUCUCCGAUGAGCUCGGUGAACUCAAUCGUCUCGACGCUUUUUUCUUUUGCUAUCGGUUUGCUUCGAGGGGAAUCAACAAAGCCGUGAUAGGGACAUGCAUCGUUCGUUCUGCUGCUGUCAUGGUCGAUGACAACGCCUACCGUGUGGUUCUCAAUAGCUCUGCCACUCUUGAAGACGCUGAGCGCGCUGCCCAGGUAGCCAAGUAUCAGAGACAGGUCUUGGACGAGAAUGGCAACCCCGACCCUGCUGAUUCUACACUUCUUGAAGCCCGGGCCAAGCUAGCCCGUUGGACAAGGGAUCAGAGUGAGGCUGCUAGGCUCGCCCUCAAUCAAAAGGCCCUUGAGACCGCCAAGGCCAACUACACUAAGGCUGUCGAAGCUGCUGCGGAAGUUCAGAAGAGAUUGACUGGUAUUCAGACUAACCUCAAGGGCAUCGAGAUUGCCGAGCAGACAGAUAUGCUGCAUAAGAUUGGAGUUCCCAUGCCUGCGGCUGGCAUCAUCCAGGCUAUGAGGACUGACGGCGAGGUAGUCCAGGAUGCAGUGCAGGGUAAUUUGCCUACUGGUAUGCGUGUUGAGCAAAACGCAGAUGCUGCAUUUGACGUCUGA